AUGACUGCCGACGAGAAGCCCGCGUCCACCUUCAAGUACAACGAGAAGCCCGUGUACACCACCAGCAAUGGCGCCCCUGUUGACCACCCCUCCAAGUGGCAGCGUGUCGGUGCCCAGGGACCUCUGCUGCUCCAGGACUUCCACCUGAUUGACCUCAUCGCUCACUUUGACCGUGAGCGUAUUCCCGAGCGUGUCGUUCAUGCCAAGGGCGCUGGUGCCUAUGGCGAGUUCGAGGUUACCGACGACAUCAGCGAAAUCUGCUCUGUUGACAUGUUGAACGGCGUUGGCAAGAAGACUCCUUGUGUCGCCCGUUUCUCGACUGUCGGUGGUGAGAAGGGCUCGGCCGAUAGUGCCAGAGAUCCCAGAGGAUUUGCUAUCAAGUUCUAUACACAGGAGGGCAACUGGGACUGGGUUUACAACAACACCCCUGUAUUCUUCCUCCGUGACCCGACGAACUUCCCCUUGUUCAUUCACACCCAGAAGCGCAACCCCCAGACCAACCUGAAAGAUGCCACGAUGUUCUGGGACUACCUAUCCACCCACCAGGAAGCCAUCCACCAAGUUAUGCACCUCUUCUCUGACAGGGGAACACCCUACUCGUACCGAUUUAUGAACGGGUAUUCAGGUCAUACACACAAGUUCGUCAAGCCUGAUGGGUCGUUCGUAUAUGUCCAGAUCCACCUGAAGACCGACCAAGGAAACAAGACCUUCACCAACGAGGAGGCUGGCAAGAUGGCAUCGGAGAACCCUGACUUCUCCACUCAAGACCUGUUCGAGGCUAUCCAGAAGGGCGAAUACCCGAGCUGGACCGUCUACGUCCAGACUUUGACCCCUGAGCAGGCCGAAAAGUUCAAGUGGAACAUUUUUGACCUGACCAAGGUCUGGCCCCAAAAGGAGGUGCCUCUUCGACGAUUUGGCAAGUUCACUCUGAACAAGAACGUCGACAACUACUUCGCCGAGAUCGAACAGGUUGCUUUUGCCCCGUCACAUCUCGUCCCCGGUGUCGAGCCUUCGGCAGACCCCGUGCUGCAAUCCAGACUUUUCAGCUACCCUGAUACACAUCGACACAGACUGGGAGUCAACUACCAGCAGAUCCCCGUCAACGCUCCUCUCAAAGCCUUCAACCCGUACCAGCGUGAUGGCGCCAUGUCUGUCAACGGCAACUACGGCGCCAACCCCAACUACCCGAGCAGUUACCGCCCGCUGACCUACCGGCCCGUCAAGGCUACCAAUUCCCACGAGAACUGGGCUGGCGCCGCGGUGUCCGACCUGUUUGAUGAGAUAAAGUCGCACGACUACGAGCAGGCCAACGGUCUGUGGCAGGUCCUGGGCCGAACCCCGGGUCAGCAGGAGAACUAUGUCAAGAAUGUGGCUGGACACCUAUGCGCUGCACAGAAGGAUACUCGGGCCCGUACAUACGACAUGUUCUCCAAGGUCAACCCCGAGCUUGGCGCUGCCAUCGAGGCCGCAACUGAGAAGAACUCCAAACUGUAG